AUGGAGAGGGGGUGUGACAGGGGGAUCCAAUAUCACAUUUCCUCUUUAUUUGUUGGUUAUGUGUUAAGUAGGAUGAUUGAGAGGGUGGUUGAUACAGUGUUGCUUUCGUGGGCUGCAUCUGAGGUUGUUGGUGAUUUGUUCAUGGUAGUUUUGGUGGUUCACCUCUCCAAUCGUUUGAGUGCUGAGUGUCGCUUUCUUGGGGAUGCGUGUGAGUUUCUUGGUGCUAUGGCAGCCUUGUAUACACACGACGAAUCAAGGGGAAAGUGCCUCCUCCAUCUUCUACUACCGUCUCUAGUUCCCUCAUUGGAUGAUCUUACUUCUCAUGAUGUUGAUCCUUCAAUAGCUGUUCUAAAAGCUGUUACCUUCUUUGAGUCUACGACAUACUUCACUCAGUCCCUGAGUGUUUCUGAUCUCAAUGAGUUUCUUCCUCAGCCUAAUCUUCCAGAUUCUAGUUUGCUGUCCUUACCUAAUCUACCACUUGUGUCUCCAUGUUUCAAGUCUCCAUCUAUGCAUGAGAUGAGGACGUGGAUCCUUAAUGAUGAAGUGAAAGACAUCGAUGGCAUGUUGAAAGACCACAAAAAAGCUUCGAAGGAAUAUGGAUGUUCUAUCAUGGUUGAUGGAUGGACUGAUGGGUGUUCAAGGGUCUUGCUUAAUUUACUUGUGAAUAGUCCUGCUGGUACAUGGUUUUUAAAAUCCAUUGAUGCUUUUGAUUCUAUAAAAAAUGGCGAUUUGAUGUUUAAGUAUAUGGAUGAGGUGGUUGAGGAAGUUGGUGAGGAGAAUGUUGUGCAAGUGAUAACUGAUAAUGCGAAGAACAUGAUAAAUGGUGGAAAAAAGCUUAUGGAAAAGAGGGAGAAGCUCUAUUGGACUCCAUGUGUUGCACAUUGUUUAAAUCUCAUGUUGGAGGAUAUUGCAAAAUUGAAGAUCCAUGCAAGCACAAUCCUGAAGGCUAAGCAAGUUGUGAAAUUUAUUUAUAAUCAUUCCUAUGUACUUGCAAUGAUGAGGAAGCAUUUCACCAACAACAAAGAACUCAUUCGCCCUGCAAUGGCGCGCUUUGCUACUGCAUUUUUGACACUUGAGAGCAUUUACAAACAAAAGCGAGGUCUUCAAUCUAUGUUCUCUUCGGAGAUGUGGUGCACUUUUACAUAUGCAAAAAUGCAUGAUGGUAUAAGGAGUCGCUUAAUAAUUUUAUUUGACCAAGAUUUUUGGCCUCAUGUGCCGUAUGUUAUCAAGAGUGUUGUCCCUCUUGUGUGUGUUCUAAGGGAAGUUGAUUCUGAGGAAAGACCAGCCAUGGGGUUUCUCUAUGAGAUGAUGGAUUCGGCGAAGGAAAAAAUUGCUGCAAAUUUUUAUAGAAAGGAGAAGAAGUAUGGACCCAUUUGGAGCAAAAUAGAUGAUAGAUGGACUCAACAACUUCAUCGCCCUUUACAUGCUGCAGGAUAUUAUUUAAAUCCCCAAUUGCAUUUUAAGGAGAACUUCUCUGAUUGUGAAGAAGUGAAGAAAGGACUAUUUAAAUGCAUGGAUAGAAUGUUGACAUAUGAGGAGAGGCUAGCUGCAGACAUCCAAUUGGAUUUGUUUGAUAAUGCACGAGGGGAUUUUGGGACAAAGACCCUAGAAUUGAUGAAGCUUGCUAUUCGUGUUCUUAGCCUGACAUGUAAUGCUAGUGGAUGUGAGAGGAAUUGGAGCACAUUUGAGCAGAUUCAUACGAAAAAGAGGAAUAUAUUAGAGGACAAGAGAUUGAAUGGUCUAGUUUACGUUAAAUACAACACUAAACUGAGGGAGAGAGCUAUAAGAAGAAGACAAAAUUAUGAUCCAAUAUUGGUGUCAGAAGUAGCUUCAGAUGAUGAAUGGAUAACAGAGAAGGAAGAACCUAUCCUCCCAAAAGAUACUUCUUGGUUUGAUGAUGAAAAUCUCCUAGAUGUUGAUGCUAUUAGAGCUUUGCCCGUGGUACCUUUUGAAGGAGAUGAUGUUCAAGCAACACAAGCUUCUGGUAGCUCGCAUUCUAAUCUUCCUAGCAAAAGGAAGAAUAGUGAUUAUUGCACUCAAGACAAAGGCAAGAGGCCAACAUUGGACACAAUUGAGGAAGACAAUGAUGUUGAAGUGGGAGAGGAAUUUAUUAGUGGAAGAACUCCUAUUAUAGAUGAUUUUAAUGAAGAUGAGGACUUUGAUGAAGAUCUUGAUAGUUCCCUCUGA